UUAAAAUACAUAUUGCAGUAUAAGCACGAAAGCAAAUCAACGAUAUUAACUGCACAAAUCCAUAAGCAAAGCGCAUAUAAAACGCGAUUAACUCGAAUUAAUCGCUACGUCAGUAACUUUCAUCGACUUAAAUAAACCACAGCAGCAACCGCAAGCAAACAAAAACAAAAAAAAGCGCGCCAAGAUGCGUAUUAGCUUACCCGCCGAUCUGAUAAGCACAGCGUUUGAAACAAGGAUGGCCUUGCACGCUCAUAGCAUCAAUACGGUGCGCUCCACCACCAGCUUGAGCAACAUGAUCAACAGCAACAACAAUGAUCUUGCCAAUGGCAGCAAUGAUCGCCGCCAUAUUGUCGAUAUAUUAGUUGGUGUUGUUGCGGUACCGGUGCUAAUACUUUUCGCAUUACAACUGGAAAAGAAUCUACAAAAUAUGCCCAAUAGUCCAUGGCUGGUGUUUGUGCUGGGCGUGGGACUGCUAAUGGUGAUCAUGAUAAUUAUCGGUUAUGUGACGCAUCGGUUGAGUGUAUGCUGUUGGACGGGACCCAUCGAUGAGAUGGGCAACCGAAUGGAUGGACGGGGAAUACCACAUAUCAACACUCAAAAUGAUAUAUUGCGCAUUGUGGACAACCUGCCACCCAGUUAUGAAACCGUUGUGAAGCAUGAAAUCCCGCCACCGCCCUACGAUUGUGUCAUUGUCAAUUUGGAACAGUGUAAGGAACAACAGCUAACACCGACUGCGACAACAGCUGCCACAACGAGCAAUUCUUCCACGGAGGCCAGCGUCAAGGAAGCACCACCAGCCACAGCGGCGGUACUGCACAUCUGACUUGGCACUUUCGGUACGACAAAAAAGCUGCCGUUUCACAAAGUUUUUACAUAGUAUAAAGCACUUUUAUAGUAGAACGGCUCGAGGUAAGCUUUACGGAGAGAGAAUUUAAAGAGAUCGACGCCUUUGCAGCAAAACAGGAAACUUUCAACAGGAAUAUAAUGUGCUUGUUUACACUUGCCUCGUUAUGAGGUUAAUGUGGUUAUGUGGUUCUCUUUUUUAUUCAGUUUACAACAAUAAAAUACACUGUAGAAUAAUGAAUUUUUACCACUUAGGUAAACCGAUUACC